AUGGCGCGGUGGCGGGGCUCAACUGCGGCGGCGGGGACGUGGUCCGGUGGCCCUUCCGGCGAGGCGGGGUGGCCGACCAGUGCGAGGCGGCGGGCGGCGCUACGGGGAGCGGGCAGCUCGGGCAGGGAGGCGAAUGCUGCGGGCGGCGGCGCAGAGCGGCCUAGGGCGCGGGCCCCGAUGGGCUUCACGGGCCUGGCCCAGGCUCGGGCGGGCCGCGGCGGUUGGGGCGCGGGAGGGAGACGUGGCGCACGGGGAGUGGCCACGGGCGGCGUCUCCGCUGACGUGGCGGCGGCGCUGGGUGGUGGCUGGCGGCGGGGACAGCGCCAAGUGGCGGAGGAGGAGCGGGCCGGUGCGGAAAUGGAGGGGGAAGAGGGCUAG